GCUGAUCAAAGCGAUCAAUGAAAUGGCUGUGGAGGAAUCUGGAGACAUCGUGUGGGAUGACCUCACUCAUCUCUUUGGCAACACCCCACCUGACUACUUACAAAAGAAGUUCUACCAGCUGAAGGUGACUUAUAUACCAGACUGGAACAGAAAGUCUUUCUGUGACAUCAUUGAUUUCCUGUAUGAGAAGACCCUGCCAAAGCUGGAGGAGGACCUGAAGGGCUGUAAGGAUGCUGAUGAUGAGCCUGCAGAGCUGCGACAGUCUUACAAGAUGUCAGAGAUCUUCCCCAACCUCUGAAACACCCCAACCCUGACCCCACUCGCCUAACCUCCUCACUAGGGGCCGUGUGAAGUUUGAAACACUAGUGACUGAAUUAACAUUUCAUUGCUCAGGCCUUUUCCAAAGAAGUUCAGAUAUUUGUAAAUGAUUGAAGAAAAUAUUAGCUUUGUAAUUUUUUUUUACAUUUCCUGAAACUGGUGUAUUUUAGUAUUUUUGUAAAAUGUAUUUUUAUGCACUGAGUUCAAUAGUAAAUCAAGGAGUUUUAAA